AUGCUAUUGUCCCCCGCUGCCUUUGACAUUGCCCAGGUUCAGCGUUUGGGUAGGCUCUUUGUCAACGUUCAGCGGCGUGUUCAGCAGACAGCCACAGGUCUCACUACAGCGAACAGCAAUAUGCCGUAUCUUUUAAUUAUGAACCUGCUUGAUACCUUACGAAAAAGCUGCACCACGGGUGAGUGUCAUUACUAUGUUGUUCCGUUGUAUUCUUCAAACAUGAACAGCAGAGUGACGUUUCUUUCCUGCAACAACGCUAUCCAUUCUGACACAUCUGAUGAGUCCAUCCGACACACACUAACCCUCCACUUAUUCGGGUCUCAAGCGUGCUCCUCAGGAUUUUUCCAUACCGGCCUUCUAGUUCUAGAAGCGGACCCUAUUGACAGCACCUUCUACACAGAAGUUGAUGUCUUAGCAUCCACUGUUUUGCAUGCGGAUUCAGUAAUUUAUAUAGCGGAUUUGCCUAUGAGUGCCCGCUUUGCGUCUAGUCAGUUAGAGGAAGACUUUUGUGUUCGCUCUAUGCUGGGCAAAGUCCCUGGUGUGCUGGCGCUGGAAGGCCAUGAGAAGCUGUCUAUUAAGGAGCUACGCGACGCAUUCAAGGAUAUAGUAGAAGAUGCCGUUGCAGAUAUUCUUUCAGGAUUGCUCGAGUAUGAACCUGAAUCCUCUAACAAGACUACACAGGCUCUUACGUCCUUUGUACUAAUUUAUGUACCAGUCACUUGCACCAUCUUGGAUGAGUGCUACUUAAAAAGUAUGUCUCUGCAUUUGCAUAAGCUUUCAGAGCUAUUAGCUUUUACUACCUAA